UCCAUAUAUGGUUACUAUUUAUUACUACUACUGCUGCUAUUACUACCAUGUCUAACAGCUACUUCUAUUUUGUUACAUUAUUCACAUCUGUCUCUGGAUUGUUCGACUUUCUUUGUUUACUAUUUUUCAGAUCAGCUCCGGACUCAUCUUCACGCUUGUUGAGUUCACAAAUAAGAAUGAAGAGGAGGCUGACAAUUCUUCAUUAGGCUCUUACAUGAAUUCUCAUAUACAUAUAUAUACAAAUAUGUAUCUAUAUUAUCUCAAAAAUUUACUUCCCAGGAACGCUGCUGUGCUUUUGAUUAUUGGACUAAGUUGCUUCUGGUCAUUGAGAUUUUCUGAGUCAAAGUUGCCACAAGAUGAAGUGGAUGCCCUCCAGCAAAUUGCCAUUACAAUGGGUGCAAAAUAUUGGAAGUUCAAUGGUGAUUCAUGCCAAGUUGAACAGGUCGGGGUAACACCACAGGCACCAAGUGGAUCUCAGAGCACUGUUUAUUGCCCAUGCAACUUCACAAAUGACAUCUAUUGUCAUGUCACAACGAUUGUGCUUAAAGGUUUUAGUCUUCCUGGCGUGCUCCCGCCUGAAUUGGUGAAGCUUCCUUAUAUCCAAACUAUUGAUUUUGCAUACAAUUACCUCAGUGGUACAAUUCCACACGAAUGGUUUUCUAUGCAAUUGAAAUCAAUCUCUGUUCUUGCAAACCGCUUAUCAGGGGAAAUUCCGAAGGAACUGGGAAAUGUUUCCAGUCUCACAUACCUGAAUCUUGAAGCAAACAAAUUUUCUGGCAGUGUUCCUCCUGAACUUGGGAAACUUAAUAACUUGAAUACUUUGAUGUUGUCCUCGAAUCAGUUGAGUGGAAAGCUACCAACUUCAUUUGCUGAGCUACAGAAUUUAACAGAUUUUAGGAUAAAUGAUAACAACUUCAGCGGAGCAAUACCUGAUUUUAUACAGAACUGGAAACAACUUCAGAGAUUAGAAAUGCACGGAAGUGGACUUGAGGGACCCAUUCCACAAAACAUAUCCCUUCUGAAUGAGUUAAUUAAAUUGAGAAUUAGUGACAUAAAUGGGACAGCUCAGGAAUUUCCUAACUUGGGCAACACCGCAGGGCUAGAAAUAUUGGUUUUGAGAAACUGCAACAUUUCCGGUGAAAUCCCUGAAUAUAUUUGGAAAAUGGAGAAUCUGCAAGUGUUGGAUGUCAGCUUUAACAGUUUAGUCGGAGAAAUUCCAAAUGACAUAAAUGGGAAGAGUUUGAGAUUCAUGUUUUUGAGUGGCAACAUGCUAAGUGGAAAUGUGCCAGAUUCAAUCUUGAAGGAUGGACGUAGUAUUGAUUUUUCCUACAAUGACCUUACAUGGCAAGGUCCUGAUCAGCCUGCUUGUCACGAGAACAUGAAUCUAUACAUAAAUUUGUUUAAAAGCUCUCUGAAGGAGAACCCCUUAAAGAGAAUUCUUCCAUGUAUGAGCGAUUUCAAUUGUCCAAGAUAUGGAUGUUCGUUACAUGUUAACUGUGGUGGAAAUGAUUUGACUAUGAAAGAAAAUGAUAACAUGGUUUUGUACGAAGGAGAUGCACAAGUCCUAGGUGGCACAGCAAAAUAUUUUAAUAGUAUAAAUAGCUAUUGGGGUCUAAGUAGCACUGGGGACUUCAUGGAUGAUAACGAUUACCAGAAUGCACGUUUUACUGAAGUUUCUCCAUCAACAAACAUCUCUGAAUUGUAUAGUACGGCGCGCAUUUCGCCUCUUUCACUUACUUACUUCCGUUACUGCUUAGAAAAUGGGAGUUACACCGUUAGUCUGCACUUUGCUGAAAUACUUUUUACAAAUGACAAUACAUAUAGCAGUCUUGGGAAGCGAAUAUUUGAUAUUUAUAUUCAGGGGCAAUUAGUUAGGAAGGAUUUCAAUAUUGAAGGUGUGGCUGGUGGGGCUCUAAAGCCAGUGAUAGAACAAUUCAAUACCAGUGUGACAGAUAAUAUUUUGGAAAUCCGAUUUUAUUGGGCUGGCAAAGGGACUACACGUAUUCCUAGGAGAGGUGUUUAUGGCCCCAUAAUAUCAGCUAUUUCGCUUAAUCCUACUUUCAAAUCUUGUUCAGAAGGUAGAAAGAAGGCAGCAGCUACUGCUUAUAUUGCUGUUGGAGUUGUGGCUAUAUUCGUUAUUUUUCUAAUAGUCAGUAUCCUUUUGUGGAAAAGAUAUUUGAAAGGCAGAAAAAAGAUUGGAAAAGAUUUCGAAGGUCUAGAGUUGCAAACAGGUUCUUUUACUUUGAGACAAAUUAAAGCUGCCACUAAAAAUUUUGAUUCUGCAAACAAGAUUGGAGAAGGUGGUUUUGGUCCUGUCUACAAGGGUCUAUUGUCUGAUGGUACUGAAAUUGCAGUGAAGCAACUCUCCUCUAAAUCAACGCAAGGAAAUCGCGAAUUUUUGAAUGAAAUAGGGAUGAUUUCUUGUUUGCAACACCCAAACCUUGUUAAGCUUCAUGGAUGUUGUAUUGAAGGGGAUCAAUUGUUAUUGGUGUAUGAGUACAUGGAAAACAAUAGUCUUGCACGUGCUUUGUUUGAUGACAGACUAUUGAUACUUGAUUGGCCAACAAGGCUUAAUAUCUGCAUUGGAAUUGCUAGAGGUUUAGCUUUUCUGCAUGAAGAAUCAAGAUUCAAGAUCGUUCACAGAGACAUUAAAGCUACUAACGUGCUGCUUGAUAAAAACCUAAACCCUAAAAUUUCAGACUUUGGAUUGGCUAGGCUUAAUGAAGAUGAAAAAUCCCACAUUAGCACUCGAGCUGCUGGAACUAUAGGAUAUAUGGCCCCAGAAUAUGCACUGUGGGGUUACUUGACCUACAAGGCUGAUGUUUAUAGCUUUGGUGUUGUGGCUUUGGAAAUUGUUAGUGGGAAGAACAACAACAAUUACAUGCCGAGUAACAAUUGCAUUUGUCUGCUAGAUUGGGCCUGCCACUUGCAACAAGGUGGAAACUUGGCGGACCUUAUUGAUUCGAAGUUGGGGACUGAAUUCAAUAAUGUAGAAGUGGGAAGGAUGGUUAAAGUUGCACUCUUGUGCACAAACGCAUCACCAUCGCUUAGGCCUACAAUGUCCGAGGUAGUGAGCAUGCUUGAAGGCCAAAUGAGUAUUCCAGAAGUAAUCCCAGAACCUAAUUCCUACACUGAAGAUUUGAGGUUUAAAGCUAUGAGAGACUUUCAUCGAGAGAAGCAAAACCAUAGUUUCAGUGGAAGCCAAAGCCAGAAUUCAACAACAAUCCGAACAGGGAAUGGGUGAACAAAGUGACCGGGCCCAUGGGCUCAGAUUGAACGUGUCUAUGCUGAUAGAGACAAUUUAAUCCUUUUUUUUUUGCUUUUCUUUACUACUACUACCUCUUCUUCUUCUUCAUUUUUUUUUUUUUUCUUUUUUGUUUUUUUUUUGGUGAUAUGGGUUAAGUAGACUGUCUUUCUUUUUUGCCUUGUUAGAUAACACUUAUGAGUGAAAUUCAUAAGAAAAGCAGAUGUCAAUACUCUUAUUUUCAUAAGUAGAAGUGAUUUGGCGCACAGAAGAUGUAAGGGUACUCCUACACAUAGUAAACUUAUAGCUAUUUAUUAGAAUUUUUUAUUUUUUAUUUUUUGGUAUCCAAAUUUUGAAUAUUGUUUUCAAUGUAGUAUAUAUUUUUUGGGGAACUGGUUAACAAAGUGACCGGGCCCAUGGCCUCAGAUUGAAUUGAACACGUCUAUGUCGAUAGGGACAAUUUAAUCUCUUUUUUCAUUUUAUUAUUUUAGUUUGAGAUAAAGGAGAAGUAUGAUGUUUCUUCCUUCUACUCUCUUGGGGGAAUUUGUUGUAUAAUCUCUAAAUUUUUUAUGACAUCAAAUACGUAGAUUGCCAGUUUCAAAAUUUCAA